AUGGAUCAAAAGUUUACAAGGCAAAUUAAUGAAAUAGACAAAAAGUUUACUGGGAAAUUUAAUGAAAUGGAUCAAAAGUUUACUGGAAAAUUUGAUGAAAUGGAUCAAAAGUUUACUGGAGUGGAAAAGCUCAUUGUGAGUGAACGGAACAGGUCUAAGAAUAAACUAUUGGCAGAUGGAGGUGAUUUGUACUCGCCAAAUGCUUAUCUACCUAUUUUUAAUGAUUGUGGAGAAAGCCCCGGUGAUAGAGGCCUUGAACCAUUAACAUCGCUAACUCAAAUUGAUAGGAUGAAUGGAAUAUUGAUUGAUAAUUAUUUGACUUUUUAUCAAAUAGGUACCAGUCGUCUAGUUUCGGAAAAAAAAGCUAGGCUAAUGGAAUAUAUUGGAAUUCAUGAAAGGGUUGUUGUGAAUUCAGUACGUGGUAUGUCGCCUGUCUGA